AUGCUAUCAGAAACAAAUAAGGAAGUAUAAAAAGAUUAAAAUGUUGUACCACAAUUAAAUCAAACUCCAAGUAGUACUUAUUUUGUUUACAAUUGUUACAUACCAGUAGUGCAGGAUUAUAUGAGUCAGCCUCCUCCUCUGCAGGUUAGGAACUCAAGUGAGUCCUUCCCUCAGUUAAUCAAAAAUAAUGACAGUAUUCAAAUGUCGCAUUUGGCUCCUGGAGUUUCAAUUCCAAGUUUUCAAUUCGGGGCAUCUGCUCCUUUUGUUACUCCAGAUGAUGUUAUGAGAAAUGUGUAGCCUGCCCAGAAUCAUUUUGCUUCAUUUAUCUUGAAUGAGUAAUUGAAGACACAGAACCAACCAACUAAAAACAGAAUAAUAGAGGGAACCCAAACUCUCUGUGACAUAGAAAUCGUAUUAAUAUCGCGAUAUUUUGACAUGAAGGCUCAUGUAUUUUGUCCUCCAAAUAACAAGUAUACUCUUAAGGAGGACACCAAUAUCUCCAAUGCUGAAUGGUUGAAGGAUCGAAUGCUGUUUCGCUACAAAAAACCUAUUAAGGAAUCUUUCUCAGAUAUGAUUGAUUAAUUGGAGAAGGAAGGCGAGAUCAAUUUCAAGACCAUGAUUCAUCCAGUCAAAUUUGCUUAAGGAGGAUUCGAUAACAUUGAGAGGCAAGUGCCUAAGUCUGUGAAGAGUGAGAAGCCAUUUCCAGUUUUUAUAUUUGAGAUACAAUAAUUAAUUUCCUAGUUCCUAUUCACUAAGUAUUGA